GUAGGCAUUUUCCACAUCACAAUCACAUCAUGAAUUUGGCACUAAUAGACCCCUUUCAACUAGCCCAAGACUCUCCAGACGCGCUCACAAAUGAUCUCAGAUGUGGCCAUGCCACCACCCUCCGCUUCAGUCGCAAAGGCGACUACCUCGCGUCAGGUAGAGUCGAUGGCAAGGUCGUCAUAUGGGACAUGGAGACUUUCGGUGUGGCCAUGAAACUCCAUGGCCACUGGAAACAGAUUCAAAGUCUGAGCUGGUCAAGGGAUGGGCGUUACCUGCUCACUUCAUCACAAGACUGCCGCGCCUGUCUCUGGGAUCUACAGACCCAACAACGAAUACGCACGGUGAAAUUCGAGGCACCGAUUUACACCGCCGAACUGCACCCUUAUAACCACAAUCUGUUCGUCGCCUCACUGUUCGAAGACCGACCAUACCUUGUGGACAUCACCAAUUCUGAACCCAUCAAGAAGAUUUUGCCUACCACGCCGUUGAGCGACAACAUUCCGCGUUCCGAGAACAAACAAGCCACCACAUCCGCCAUCUUCUCCAUACUUGGCAACCACAUCAUCACCGGCACAUCCAAGGGCUACAUCAACAUCCUCGAGACUGAAUCACGAAAAAUCAUCCAUUCCAGCAAAGUGUCCCCCGGCCUCGUUUCUUUGCUCCGCCUCACAUCCAAUGGCCGCCAACUCCUGGCCAACAGCACCGACCGAAUCAUCCGCACAAUGAACCUACCCGACUUAUCACUAAUCACGCCAUCUACUGCACCACCCUUCGAACCCACCAGUGAAGAAGACCAGCCCGACCCAGCGACUUUGGCUGAGAACAUUGUUCUCACUACCGAACACAAAUUCCAAGAUCUGGUCAAUCGUCUGCGGUGGAACCAUUGCGCGUUCAGCCAUUCGUCCUCCACAGGCAUUGCCGACUAUGUCACUGCAUCCACCUACAUGAAGAAAGAUAUCUACAUUUGGGAAUUACGCACUAAUUCACUCCUGCGAAUCCUGGAAAACCGCGAGGAGCCCGCCAUUAUUGAAUGGCAUCCAGCACGUCCGAUGCUAGCAUGCACAAGCAUCGAAACGGGGAGUAUCCAGAUCUGGGGCAUCGAGCCACAACAAAAGUGGUCGGCGCUGGCGCCUGAUUUCACCGAGGUAACGGAAAAUGUGGAAUACGUUGAGCGCGAGGAUGAGUUCGACACGUAUCCACAAGAGGAGCACCAGAAACGACGACUCGAUCGAGAGGACGAAGUCGUCGAUGUUUUGACUGUGGAAAGAAAGAUGGGCGAUGAAGAAAGUUUUGUGCUGCCGAUGCUGUACAAUGUCGAGGAUAGCGACGAAGAUGAUCAGGAGCUAGUACGUAUGGGAGUGGGGACGAUGCGAAAGAAAGACUAUCACGAAGGCAAGGAGUAUGAAGGUGAAGCUGAUGAGGUUGCAAAGAGUGUUCGCAAGCGGAAGUAUUAGUGUCGCCGGCCGAGCUUGGACAUUGUGCAUGAAGCAGAUGAGCUUGCUCUCUGACGGCUAAAAGGAGAACCAGGAAGUGGAGGAGUGGUCGGCAUGGAGGAUGUCUGGUAUGAUGAACCAUAAUGGCAUGGAAGAACGCCUUCAGUUCUUUUCACAUGAGCCCAAUGGCACUAGUACUUCGCCUGCUCUUCCCUCCUUAGGCGCAUCCAUGCUGCCGUAUGGGAUCGUCUAUCACAGUGGCGGGUUCCGGCAGUUCCGUCGAUUAGUACGCAUAUGCGUGAGUGAGCAAUGACCAAUGUAUGAUUCACCAGAUAGGCUUCCAUCUUUGGUUGACACCUCCUUCUACAU